UUUCAUACCUCAAACCUUAAAACCAGAAAGAGAUCUUACUUUGUAAAUUCAAUUUCUUUUUCUUUAUUUCAUGUGUUUAUCCAAAUGAUUGGGGCAUCUCCAUCCUCUUCUUGGUCUCGUCUAGAAGACAAGCUCUUCGAGAGAGCACUCGUCGUCUUCCCCGAGGAAACUCCUGACAGAUGGGAAAAGAUUGCCAGCCAUGUUCCUGGGAAGUCACGGUUUGAUGUCAAGGAACAUUACGAGGAUUUAGUUUAUGAUGUUAAGGAGAUCGACUCCGGUCGAGUUGAGCUGCCGAGUUAUGGAGAUCAAUUUGGGUUGGGUUGGGGGGCUGCUGAGUCCGGCACGAGUCAGGUUUGGUUUGGGUCUAAAGGGAAGGAAAAGGAGACGAGUGAGAGAAGGAAAGGGGUUCCUUGGACUGAAGAAGAACACAGGCUGUUUCUAAUCGGACUGCAAAGAUAUGGAAAGGGAGAUUGGAGGAGUAUAUCAAGAAAUGCAGUAGUGUCAAGAACACCAACCCAAGUGGCAAGCCAUGCUCAGAAAUAUUUUCUUCGUUUAAAUUCAGUCAAGAAAGAAAAGAAGAGGCCCAGCAUUCAUGACAUUACGACUUCCGCGAAUUCAGUGCCUCCUCAAUCCAAUGAUCAUAACUGGGCUGAUUAUAUGGAUCCAAAACCCUACCCUGAUCAUGGAAGCCCAUCUUCUGCUUUCCAUGGUUUUGGAUUCCCCGUGUAAGUUCAGCUUUAAAGAAAAAAAAGAGGUUUGUGUUUGUAAGAAGUGAAAUUUGCAUAUGAAAUAGAAUGAUCUCACUUUCUCAAAGGAUGAAGGGAGAAAUUUAGCAGAAAUUUGAAUCAUAUUUUUAAGGAUGAAAUAGGGGGGAAAUUAUGUGUGUUACUUUCAAAACUGUAAAUAUACAAAAUUCUAAGACCAUGAGGAAGUUUCUACCCUUUUGAGUUGAA